AUGGCGGAGACGCUGAGGCGGGUGCUAAGCGCGAGUAGCGGGGCUUGGCCUGGGGAGGAGAACACGGCUGAGGCCGGACCGCCUUUGUUGUUGCUCGGCGCUCCAGGCUCUGGAAAAACAGCGCUGCUGUUCGCGGCGGCCCUGGAGGCGGCGGGGGAGGGCCGAGGCCCCGUCUUCUUCCUGACCCGGAAGCCUCUUCAAAGCCUGCCCUGCGGGACUGGAACGGCGCUCGACCCAAUGCGGCUCCAGAAGAUCCGCUUCCAGUACCCACCGUCAACCCAAGAGCUUUUCCGGCUCCUGUGCUCUGCCCAUGAGACCCCAGGGCCAGCCCCCUCCCUUCUGCUUCUAGACGGCCUGGAGGAAUACCUAGCGGAAGACCCAGGGCCCGAGGAAUUCGCCUACCUGGCCGCCCUGCUUCUGGACACAGCUGCCUACUUCAGCCACCGGCUUGGGCCUGGCGGGGACUGUGGACUCAUAGUGGCCCUCCAGACCCAGGAGGAGGCUGACAGUGGGGAUGCCCUGCAUCUGGCACUGCUACAGCGGUAUUUUCCAGCCCAGUGCUGGCUGCAGCCGGAUGCAUCAGGUCCAGAGGAGCACCGCCUCAGGGUCUGCCUGGAGCCAGGCGGGCUGGGCCCCAGGACAGAGUGGUGGGUGACUUUUCGACCAGGUGGAGAGAUGACAAUCACCCCGUGGCACACCCAGGCUGGUGACCCCAGCUCAGACAAGGGUUCAAGCUCUGGAGGCCACCCCUAAGCUUUGGUGUAUGACACCCUUUCCAUGCCUUAGUUUCCCAUGGCUGGAAUACUUACCUCAGGGACAUGUGCAGAUUCAAAGACC